AUGUCCAUCUACGCACAAUUAACCACACUUAUCCCACAAACUAUCCUCUUGCUUCCUCUUCUCCUUCUCACUAUUAUCUUGCUCCAUGUGAUCCACUUUUACAUAUCCUACAUUACCCGUGAAAACCCUCUUCCGGGUCCUAUUCCACUUCCACUUGUUGGCAACCUCCACCAAAUGUCAGACACAUACAGAUUUUUCAAUAAAUGUUACGAACAAUAUGGUGACAUUUUUGAAUACUACAUUGGCAACAGACGAGCCAUCAUGCUUAAUCGAGUUGAUAUGGCAGAAAACAUUCUGACGCAAUCGACCAAAUCCAAAUACUUUCUCAGGCUCGUAGCAUCGAAUCAGGGAUGGGAAGAAUUGGGUUUUACGGAGAGGGGUUUGGUUGGAAACAAAGUAAUGAAAAAUUGGUCAUUGAACCGAAGGAUGUUGAAUUUUUGCUUGACUUCAACGAAAUACAUUAAAGAAAUGGUAAAUGUUGCGCAAGAGCGAUUUUCAGAAGCAGAAGGGUAUUGGGCCGAACUUGGCGAUGGUACGCCUUUGGAAUUCACCAAGUGGAUGCAUGGCAUUUCCGUAGAUACGCAAAUAAGGACUCUGACUGGUCAAAUGACAUAUGCUCUUUCCGCAUACCGCAAUUCUCUUCUUGCGGAACAUCAGCAACAAUCUCUUCCUGACUCGGCUAUCAACUCCUAUUCCAAGUUUAUCAAUCAUCUUUGCGCCAUAUCUCGAAUCGGACAAUUUUUCUAUCUCAUACCUUGGUAUUUUAGGCACUAUGCCCCGGGCAUCAGGGGAACUGCGGAACGGAUGAAGAAGGAAGCCAUGUGGCUUCAAGAGGAAGUGAGGAAGAUUGUGCAAGAAAGAAAGAAGGAGAUUGAGAAUUUAAAGGAGGGAGAAGAAUUGAGAGCGGAUUUAUUGUCGUUGAUGUUGACUAUAAAUACACAAAAGGAUUUGAAUGUGGUUAAGACGGGUGAAUUCGAGAGGCCGCUAAACGAAGACGAAAUCAUUCAGUUACUCAUUGAAGCAUUUUCCGCUGGUGUUGAUUCGAUAACGAACGCCCUCUGCUUUGCCAUCUAUCACAUUUGUAAACACCCAGCUGCCAAAUCUCGCCUGAUUGCGGAAAUCGAUGCCGCCCUCCCGUCCGACACCGACAUACUUUCUUAUGAAUCUCUAAGUGGAUCCUUCCCAUAUACCACGGCAGUGAUGAAAGAGUCGUCCCGUUUGCUCACCGUCGCUCCAAUAAUAGCUCAAGUAUCCUCAGAAGACGACGAGCUUGCGGGGUACAGAUGGCGUGCUGGUAUAACGGUUGGUGUCAAUCACGGAAUUAUUCACCGACACAAAGCAUACUGGAAGGAUCCUGAGGCUUUCAAACCCGAGAGAUUCUUGGACGAAUGUGAGGAUAAAGUAAAGCCAAAGACAUUUCUGCCUUUUGGUGGAACACUGAGAAUUUGUCCGGGCAGGUUUGUGGCCGACAGGCUAAUCAAAACAUUUUUGAUCAUGUUGUUUCGAAAGUAUGAAGUUGAAUUGUGUGAACCAGACAAGGAGGUUGAGUAUUAUUAUGCGAUGACAAACAAGUGUAAGGGUUUGAAGGUUUAUUUGAAGAAUAGAAACAAGGAGCAUAUGACGGUGGCGUAG